CGUGGAUUAUUCGGUGACACGGUCAUGCUUGAUGUCGAGGCAUCAGGGCAGUUUCCACAUUGGGACGAGAGGCAACAUUUGCACGCUGGUCUUCCUUCUUUCCUCCUUCCUCUAAAAUCAACUCCCAAGAUGUGUUCUUCGCGCACAUCGUGUUUCCCGAUUUUCCCUUUUCACAGCAACAUCGCUUUCUGCUUUCAUGGCCAAUGGCCUUCUCCAGUUAUAUUGCUUUGCAUUCCUUCCAGUCUUAAAUUUGUUGCUGCGUUGCUAGCGUUACCAAAGGGACAAAGAAUGUGAUCACCUCAAUGCGUGCUGUGUGAGAAUUCUUUUCGUCCGAUCCAGUACCCGCCAAUAUCCAUUUCGUGUCACUUGUUCUAGGAGUCCUUCGUUACUUUCAAGCACUUUCACCGAGGAAUUGCUUCAAGAUGGGUUCGCGUGUCGCAAGAUUGCGCGCAGAUCGAGACGCGAGACUACAACAAAGAAUAGAGAACUUGGAGGAUCUAUGGUAUGACGAGCUGGAAGAUGACACUGACCUAUUCUACAAGCCAUGGAAGACGCCCGGAAUCGUCCCGGACAACUUGGGUCCAGGCACGGACCCGAGCGCGCAGCCCAUGACUCCCUGGUACAUUGAUACGGAUCCCUGGUUCUCUAGCAGAUCAAUGGAUGGCGAAUUUUCCUAUAUUCUUGAGGACAUCUCCAAAUAUGCGAAAGCGAGACUUGGACCCCAGAGAGCGGCUGAUAUAGAUGAAAUGAUGCAAAAGCUUAAAGGGGGUAUGUUCGACCGCGAUGUCUUGCUUUGGGGUAUAGGUAGCGAUGCCUUGAUCCCUGAUGAUGACACGCCUCUUCAUAUCAUAGCAACAGUACUUGAGAAUGGCAAGAAACUCGGAACUGAAGACAUCGAUUUUGACGACGUAGAGGCUGUGGGUUGGGACAGAGAAAUAGACGACGACGGUGAUGAAUACUGGUCGAACAACAUCACAAAAAAGAGAAGAUACAUCAAACCCAUUAGCAAGAGGGUCCUAGACCUCUAUCCAACAGCAAGCCUUUGGUCGCCAAUACGUGAGCUCUGGGGCUUGUUGAAACAUCUGCGUAUAUUGAGAAGAUUUGCCGAUGGUAGAAAUCCUGAAGUCACAGCCAGGCCUCUUCCCAACGGCGAGAACAUCCCACCACAACACGAUGCUCUUACCAUAGCUUGGGUUUUACAUCGAGCCUGGAUACGUAUGUUGCAUUACAGAACCCUUGUCAUCGGAAUCCCUGUAGAUGGCUCGCCGAACCCAGAGAUAAAAAAUAGAGGCUUGGGCUACUUGUAUCGAAACUUCCAACUCUCUCUGGCUCUUUUGAGUUUGGAGAUGCGGGACGUUAAAAGAGACCCAGAAAGUCAACAAGAUAAUCUCGCUAGGUAUAGCACGAUCCAUCGUACCUCUCAGGAUAUUGAUGCUGCUCUAAAAGCCCUGGGGCAAUUCAUUGACACAGAAACCCGACCACCCACACGUACUCGCACAAAAGCCGAAACUCGUGUAUACAAUCUUCGUCCCGAUAGGAUCAAACCCGCGAUUGAAUUGGCUCUACAAGGCCUACCUGUUAUGUGGAAACUCUGGAGUAGAAUCCUGCGCAAAACUAGAGAUUUUAACAAAGCCUCGGACGUAUCCCAUAUUGAAGAUGUGCUGGUGUCAAAGCGACUUGUUUAUGAUGACGAGUGGUUUUUUAUGGCAGAAACACUCAUUCGAGAUCCGGAUUAUGACCCAGAAGUUUUUCUCGAUGAAGCAGAUCCCAGUGUAGAGAUGGGAGAGCAGAGAAUGAUUGGCAUUCUUCAAAAAACCGCAGAGGUCAAUAGACUACGACGAAACAAACUUCUCCUGACUGAAUGGAGUGAAAGCAGGCCGUGGAAACAGCUGUACGUGAUGUGUGAUACUUCUGCAAAAGGCCAACCGGAUCUGAUCCCUUUGAUUGAAGCCUUCUGGACCAAGCUCGAAACGAUGAAGCAGCAUUAUAAGCUAGCGGAGACCAACAAUCCUUCAAAUGAAGCGAAUGUCUGGUCAAAGUUGUUCACCAUCCAUCCCCUUGCCACUACCGAUCCGCCAUCCGCUGCACGUAUGGGAGGUUUCUACGAAGGAGACUGUUGCAUUUGUCAAGAGGAUUAUAAAGACGAACCGGACAAAAUCUUCAUGCGCCUUCACUGUAACCAUUACGUCCACUUCACUUGCGUCAGGACAAUGUGGGACAACCCCGAUAAGCUUACAUUCCCAUGUCCCCUGUGUCGCACCUCUGCCAGUGAUUGGCAUCUCCACGAUCACGCCGGCAUCAGUCCCGAGAAUCCAGUUCUUGAUGUAUGGGACUAUGAAGAGCUCGAAGGCAUGGGCUACAUCGCCGGUGCACCGAAUGCCGCCAUCCCAACCGACCCGCAUCCCGACAUGGACGCCCACUAUCACCGCACAGAUUUGUGCAAAUUUGUCAUGUCUACACUGUGGGACGAGGAUGCAGGGUAUCCCUAUGUCAAUCCUGCUAAUCCAAGGAACAUGAACGAUGUGCUCGUAGGUGGAGCCGGUGUAAGGAAUCGAGAGCCAUCCGUAGAGAUGGCGGUCAUGAGGAAGAAGAGGAGGAUAAGGAACCGAGCGAGAGCUGAGCUCGCUGCUGACGCUCAGAGAGGAUACGAGUUUCUGGACCCAAGCGAUGCAGAGAAUUUGGGGAUUUAAGCUUUGGCCAUUUUUGUGAAGGUUUGGGUGUUUUGCUUCGGGGGAGCAGACUUGCGCCUGUUGGAUUUUCUGUUUAUAAUUUUGCCUUUGUUUUAGUACCUUCCUCCUUGUUAGCACCUUAAAGUCUCUGGCACUCUUAUUCAAUGAUCUCGUUACCAUCUACCUUGUUUAUAUUGCUCUUUUCUUCUUAACGGCUAUGCAAAAAUUUUGAAGCAAGAAGUUUGUUCGGGAAGUUGGC